UAGAGGAAUGGAGGAUGUGAUGUAGUGAACUUCCGAAGUUAUUUCCGCGGAAAUGGACUUCUGUCCAUUAUACCAGGUUGAUGAUCCUCCUCUCGUCGAAGCCGAGGCAGAUCGAUCCAGGGGAAAUGCGGCUCUGAAUUACAACAUUGGAGCUGAAGAAAAUGCAGGAAAGACACUGGAUGAGAUUCAGGGUACUAUUCUUGGGUCAGAGGGUAAUUACAUAUCAGAUGAACUCCUUAGAAAAUUUGAGUCACAUAACAGCUCCUUUGAGGGACCUAAAGACUCUUUAGAUAAAAGUGUAAUCCCUGAAAAACGGUGUUUGGUGAGAACUAAUUUCGUAAAUGUGACUGUAAAAACUUGUGAUGCAGAAGAACAGAAGCAGAACUCUUUCCAAAAUGAAGCGAUAGAGAGAGUUGAACUCGAGCGAAAUGAAUCUGUUAGCAUACUCCCUAGUGAAAAACAAAUUCCAGACAGCACCAGCAAUGAAAUUAGUAAUAUGAAUGCACAUCUAAGUUCUUAUGUUGACUCAUGUAGUAUUUCAAGAAAUUGGGAUGAUAGUCCAGAAGUAAAAAACAAUUCAACAAACGAAGAGAAUGUUGAUGCACUUUUUUCAAGUGCAGAGACAUUAAGUGCAGGUGCCAACAACAUAUCAGGAGAAAGGAUAUCAUCCUGUGAUGAUGAAAGUGAAUCCUUUGAGGAAAGUGGUGUUAUUUUAUCACAAAGCAAUGUUCCUCUUUUGGGGAGCUUGAAGGAUGAGACGCAGGUGAACCAGUGUUUUGAUAAUGAGGGUGAGACAACGCUGCUAUAUAAUGUAAAUGAAAAUAUUAAUGCAGGUAAUAUUGAUGUGGAUGAAACUAACACAGAAUUGCAGAAAUCUCAGCCAUUGGAGUUGGUAGACAGUGAUUCCAUAAAUGAUGACAAACAGGGAGAACCUGUGCAUUUUGUUGAGAGCGAAAAGGAAGUUGAAAAUCUUGAAGGUGAGAAAGAAAUGACAAAUAUUGAGAAGAACCCUCUGAAUGACUUGAUUAAUGUAUGCAGAAGGUCUCAAGAUUCUGAUCAAGAACAUGAAGUCCAAUCUACAGGCUUGGUCUUGGAAAAGAAUCUAGAUAAUUACGAAAAUCCUUCUCCAGAUGAAGCAAAUGAUUUAAAAGGAGAGAUUUUGCCCAGAAAAAUUUCAGAUGAAACAGUUCUUGAAGUAAUUAAAUCUGGUGAUGAAAUGGUAUGUAUGGAGGAAGAUAACAAUGGUAAUGAAUUAUUGAAUGAAAAGAGUCUCCUACCAAAGGAAGUGAACAGCCCUAUGGGGAGUUGUACUAUCAAUAGUUUAACAGAAGUUCAUCAUUUGAAAGAAGAGAAAAGACUAUACCAAAAAGACACUGGCAUUGAGGAAAAUGUUCCGUCAUUAGUAAAUAAGAGUAAGUUUCUAAAAAAUGAGCAGAUUCAAGGACAUAAUGAUGAGGGAGAAAGGCCCUCAGGAGAGGUUUGUGAGGCAGUUGGAGAAACCAAUGAUUUAGAGAGAGAGAAGUUAGAUUUGACAGCAGUCAAUGAAUAUGGUGAAGAAGAAACUUGUGAUGUACAUCAAGAAGGAGUGGAGGAUUCUGAAAAACAGGAUGUUGAUUCAUUGGAUAGUGAUGGAGCUGAUCCACUGGAACUGGUUGGUGAAGAGGAUAAAUUAAAUUGUGUAGAUGAUGAGCAUGUACAAGAGGAGAAUCAAAUAAGUGGAGAGAACCUUGAUUUGAAUGAAGAGAGGACUUUGCUCUUCGUGGAUAUGACAUCAGAUGAAGUAAAAGGGGGAGAAGGUGAAGGUCCGGAGAGUCAGUAUGCUGGUGAGAUGCAGCAACUCUCAACUAUGAACGAUACAACCAGCAGUGUCUCAGGAGUAGAUGAAAAACAGGAAGGUGAUCCUUUGUCCAUAGGUGAGGCAAGUAAACAUCAUAAUGUUGAAGGAUCUGUAGGAAACUAUGUUCAACAAUAUCAGCAAGAAAACAGAGCAGUGUUGGAAGACUCGGAGUUAUCUGUGGAAACUGCAAAUGAGAACAAACUUUUAGAAAGAUAUGGUACAGAAAACCAUGUUCUGCCAGGUAGUGCGUCACAAACUGGUAUGAAUGACCAUGCAACAUUACUUGCAAAAGAUCUAAUCUUUGCUACCAACCCUGUUCAUGUGUAUUCAGCUAGAAAGCCCUUAACAAAGGAGGAAGUCCAGUUUAUUAAAAUGGGGCAAAUAAAAGCCUGCUCUGUUGAAAUGGAGAAGAUGAAGCCCGAGCUCAUUAAGGCUUAUACAUUUGGAAGGAUCAGGAUACGCGGUAGCGGGAAAAAUAUUAAGCGGUAUUUGUGCAUCCCUAAUGCCCUGCGGCUCAAAAUUGUCAAGGAUUUGAAUUUUGGAAAAAAAUCAAGUGAAGUUGCUUCUGCUUAUGGCAUCAGUAAAAGUACAGUUGAACGAAUAAAGCUGAAAAUGAAAUUAAAAGAAAGAAAGUCCUUUAAGUUAGCAAGCCAUAUCGGUAGUGAAUCUUCUAGUAACUCCAAGAGGGCACUGACCUUUUCCACCCGAGUCAAGAUUAUGGGGAAGCUUGAGCGUGGAGUAUCGAUAGAGGCCCUGUCACAUGAGUACGGGAUUAACAAGUCCACAUUGAAAACUUUACGGCGUUUAAAAAAUGAGAAGAUAAGAGAAAGACAAAACAGUUCUGAAAGUUCUGCAUCUCAGGAAGGCUCAGAUAGUCCUGUAAAGGAGAAGAAAGAUAUCUCCAUUUGUCCAGAAAGUGGGCCACUUAAGAAAGUCAAGAAGGUAUUCAAAAAACCCAAGUGCACACUAUCGGUACUUAUGGCAAUGAUACUUCAAAACACGGAAACAAGAUCUCUGUCAUAUAUACAGCUUAAGAAGCUGUUAUGUUACCUGUUCCCAUCUUACUGCAAGGAACUUGGUGGGAAGAUGUGGGGGAAAAAACUUUCAAUUGCUGCUGUGAAGAGAGCCAAGGGGUACUUCUUGAAAUCACGUGUUGGAGGAAAAAGAGAUCCAUUUUAUUUGGCUCUAAAUCCUGAGGAGGAAGAAAAUUGGAAGAAAUAUGUUCGAGAAGGUACACGCAAUUUGAGAAAUGAAGCAGAGAGAGUUAUGCGUAGGCCAGAGCUACUUGAAUCCUUGCUUCUCGGAAUUAUGCGACUGGAUGCUUGGAAAAUAACUGAUGAAGAAAUUCAAGCUGACUCGGAUGAAGAGAGUAAUUCAAUGUGUACCUCUGAAAAAUUGCAGGCGGCAUCUGUAGUUAAAACAGUUAGUAACCAGUCAUUUAAUGGUAGUGAAAGUGAUCCAAGCAGUCUUUUAGCACUUAGUUCAAUAAACAAUGUCAAAACUGAAACUGUGGAAAAGACUAACAUAACAAAAAGAAAAAGUAACUCAUCAGUGAAUAAACCCUCAAAAUUCAUAAAGACAGCUAAAGCUGAAGGCUCUACUGAUACUAAUCAGCUUUCUAAUGCAGUCAGUAAACCUGGAUUGGGUCUUGGGAUAUGUGAUACUUUUGUUAACAAUAGGCUCGUCAAUCUUUUAAUGGGUAAGGAGAAGCGUCAGUCAGAAAAAUCAAAGGAUGUUGCAAAAAUGUCCAGAUCAAGUCUUGUGCAAGAUAAUUCUGGUAAUUUUUCAUCAGAAGUCAGUAAGGAAAAUAUCAAGAAGGGUGAUGUCCCUUUCAAAAGAGAACUUAAGUCUUCCGAGCAUAUGAUGAUUGAUGCAACCACAAGAAACUCUCCUAAACAGAGUGAUUCAAAAUUCCAAGAAGCCCAUUCGCUUGGUCAUUCUUCUGCAGGUGAUAAACCUCAGCAAGAAAGCUGUUCUUCGUUAAGGGAAAGCAAGAUUCCCCAAGUGAAACUGGAAGAUUCUCCUAGGGAUGAACGAUCAAGCAGCCCUGCAAAUGACGAAGAAAAUUUGCCCCGAAUCAUAAGUGUUGAAGACAGGGCUUACCACAUGUGGCAACACAAAGACCAGGAUGACUCCAAAGAUAUGCACAAAGACCAGGAUUACUACAAAGAUAUGAAAUGGGAGACUGAUUCCUUACAGACAAAGAAAAAAAGUUCCAAAACUUUUGGAAAGUCUGUGUUGUCACUAGUAAAGAAGAGUGGACCUAAAAGUAAAAGGCCAGAACAGUUGGAAUCUGCAUAUAGCCAUGAUCAGCAAGUUAUUGGACCUGGAGACUUAAACAGAAUUAACCUUGCAGCCACCAGUGUUCCUGGAUCGACUUGUGUUCAAUCUACCCCAGGAAUUGUUAGAGUCCCUCACAGUCAACAAGGGCAGAGUGGACCAUCCUAUUUGCAGUCUUCUCAAAUAGUGCAAUCACAUAGUCAGCCUCAGUUUAAACAGAGUUUAUCUGCGUCACCUGAUUCUCAGACUAAAUGUGAAAUAUUUCAACCAAUUCAGAAUCCUUGUAGAGAUGAUCGAUAUUCACUUUCCUCUAGGUCAACUUCUGUGGACUUUGAGUCCCUUCAGAACAGACUGCAUAUGCCCCAAAGUCUUGCAGGUAAUAUCUCUUCACCUAACAUUCCAGCAUCUAUGGGCACUCAUUUUGGAAUUAAUAAUCAGGGAAUUCAACCUGGACAUGCAAUAGCCCCCCAAGAAAACUUAUUUAGUAAUCCUGGAAUAGCCAAUAUGAGGAAUUGGUCUUCUGCACAGGUGCACCCUACCCAGUCAAAGCAAGGUAAACAGGGUGAAGAGAGGCCCUCACUUCCAAAGGUAUCUGAGUGUAUAGAGACUUGGCAAAAGGUUUUUCCUUGGAUGUACUAUGUGGAGCAUGAAAGGGCUUUUAUUUGCAGUAUAUGUGAGUGGUCAUCCUCAGAUCGUAAUGACAUUGAAGUAUUCAGGCUUCAGACUCCAAAAGAUGUGUAUUUAGUUGCGGGUCAGCUUCGGUAUCAUAAAGAAACCUCUAUGCAUAGGGUAGUGGCUUUUAAGAGAGAAAAAGUGGUAGAAUUGUUUGAUUAUGUGUAUCCUGUGUUGAAGGGGCACUUGCAAGAAAUCUCUGGUGUGGAGGACAUCAUUAGAACCGUCAGUGAUUUAGCUGGAGGUACAUUUCCUGGCCCCCAACAGUCACCACAGAAAGAAUAUUUUAUCUCAUACAUGAUCAAGCACAUAGCUGAGUGCAUAGAAGAUAAACUGUUUGAAUCUCUUUCAGAAAGUCCUUUCUUUAGUGUCAUAGCGGUGAAAGAUAAAGACUAUGCCAUAAUACGAUGGCUAAACAACAGGGGUGAAAGUGAGGAACAUUUCUUUUGCAGCCAAAUAGGGUACCCAGGUCAGGCAAUGUCAUGUUUAACCUACUUAAGAAAGCGUAAUGUGAAUAUGAGUAAAUUGAUAUCAUAUACUAGUUUAUCAAAUUUGAUUGAAACAACUAUUGAUUCUUCAGUAAUGCUUCAGGUACCAGUACGUUAUCCACCACUGUCUGUUUGUCUUGAGUGGCUGGACAAGGCAAGUUUUCUGAAGAACCUCUUCCAACAUUUGUCUGUAUUAACUCGGUUAUGUAAAGCAUCCUACCAUAAGUUUGCACAGUUUCCUGAAGCGUCAGAACUCAUGAACAUGACUGAACCAUACAGUCAUAAUUGUAUUGUUAAUUCAAGAAUCGUUAAUUUCUUUUUUGGCAAUAUCAAAGUGCUAAGAAAAAUUUCUCAAGACAUAUAUAAGACAACUGGUAAUAUGGAAGCUUUUGGAUUCAGUGUCCUAGAAUUACAAGACUAUGAUUCUUUGUUGAGAUGUUCAUCACUGCUAACUAAGCUUCAUUCAAUCAUGAGUACCAAGCAUACUGAUCCCCAGUCAUUAUGUCAAUUAAUGAAGGAGUUUAGAUCUCAGAUCUGCCAAAGGUUACCUGAGCUGAAGCACGAGAACUUGAAUGAGUAUAAUGUAAUGUCACUUAUAGAUAUCUUUCUCUCACAUGUGAUGUUGACCUUGCUCUCUCCUGGGAAAGAAAUUACUGAUAUAUUUUCUAAAAAUAUGAGGCACUUGUCUUCAGCAGACUUGGAAAUGAUCUCUCCAAAUCUGAUGUCAGAAUAUCAAGGGAACAGUUCGCAAUACUUGGCAAAAUUACAUUCGUUAGGGAAGCAGUUAGGGGAGAGUCAUGACAGUAGUCUCUUGCAUUUACUGUCCAUCAUUGUAUCAAAGCAAGACCUAGCCCAGAUGUACCCAGAUUUAUAUAGACUUUAUCAGAAAAUUACUGUUUUGCCGUUUCUUCAUGCCCACGUUGAGCAGAGCAUGUUCAGCGUGGCUGCCGCUGAGGUCUUUCUUACGAACAAGGUGGAAAAGCGUUUGUUAUUACCAGUGACGUUGAUUCUUUUGGAAGGUCCCCCCGCCGAACUUAUGGACAAGAAUCAUAUAUUGGAUUCAUGGUCAAGAAAGUGGAAAAUUUGUAAGCUUCAUAAAGAUAUGUAAAAGUCAGUGCUAUUUUGUUUAUUAUAUUUUUUUCACGUGGGGUUUUAUUAAGAAAGGGACUUGUAUAGUAGAAUCUGGUUUUUAUGAAAAUGCAUCAGAGUGAGUUUAGUCAAUGGCUGGAACCAAAAGAAUAGUAUUAAGAAAGUAGUUUUAUAUAUUACAUAUAGAAAGGCCUUUCUGUUGGGUUGUGUGUUUUGUUGGAGGGUAUUAACAGAUUUAUUUAAAUUCACCUGGAGUACUACACAAUUUUAUGAAAGUGUCAUUUAAAGGGAUUGACAGAUGAGAAUAAAUUUAAUUUGGCAGUUUUUUGAGUCCAUAAGACAGCAUUCCCUUUAAUGUUAGAGCAACCUGAAAUUUUGCAAAAUUAAUUAAGCCAAAAUUUAGAAAGAACAAAAAACAAAAUAAAUGAUACUUGAUUUUAGUACCUUUAAUAUUACACUCCACUGAGAGAGGCAAACCACAGUGUAUUGAAAUCUGCUAUUUGAAAGUGUGAUUCCACUCCCCAGCUGUUGCAGGAUGAUAUAAAAUAAGAACAUUUGAUGUGUGCAUGAACAAUAUGGAAUCAGAUAUCUCAAAAGCUACUUUGUUUUGUUUACUCUGAUUAAAACUAAAUGAAAAGGAUAUUUAGUUCACAACUUAGAGUGCAUGGUGUUAGUCUGCAAGGUAUUUGAUUACCAUUUGCAAGAAGGAUGUUUUCAUAAUUUACACAUUGGGUUACAGUAAGCAGUUUCCAGCAUUUUUUCAUAUUUGAGACUAAGCCUAUGUUAAGGUAUGUCAGAUGAUUGUUACACACUGCCAAUUGCAAAUAUAUGGUGAAUGUAUGUAUUGUCAAAGAAAAAGAAUUUUUAAUAUUUAUUCAGUGAAGACAGUAGUAUUAUGGUUUCAUUUUUGUGAACAUAAUUUUUUCAGAUUUUUGUAGUUGACAGAAAGCCCACUUGCUGGCAGUUAAGUGAUCUGUGUACAGACCAGUCAGUCAUAACUGGACUUCAUAGUAUCACUUUCAGAAUGUUAUGCAUGUAUGACCCUUUGUGAAAGAUAGAUUUAAAGUAAUUUAGGAAUGGUAAGUUCAGCAUAUGAAGUUUCAAAGCAAAGAACAAGUGAUUGGUGAUAUCACUUCUCUGGUCAGUAACUGCUGGUAAGUUCUUAAAAUAGUGCUGUUAAGUUUAAAUUUCACCACUCAGGACUUGUGGAUGAAUCCUUUAACGAUUAUUGAUGAUGGGUUUAUUAAUCAACGAUUUUGAGGUAGAAUUGUUACUUUAAAAGUGGUUUCAACUUACAUGGCCUUGACUAUAUACUUCAGUAUAUGUUCUUUCCCCUUUCCUUGACCAUCAGUGUUUAACUGUCAGCCAAUGUGUACCAUGGAUGCCACUUGUUUACAAAUGUUAAAAAGGUUAAAAACUAAUUGAUUCACUUAAACAGAGAACCAGGAUUCUGUUUUGACAAAACAAAUCAUUUGAAUUCAUCAGUUUCAGUAGAAAAAUAUUUUAAGCUUUGGACAUGUACCAUCACAAUGGUAGAUGUAUAAAAUGUAAUGGUUUUAUAUCUGGAAUAGAAGUACAAUUAUAAUAGAAAUAAAACUUGUAAAGGAGAUGUAUGUAAAAGCUUGGUCAGAAGACUUGACGGCCAAGUGAAUAACCACUCAUACUUUGUUAUAUGGUUUAUGGUUUUAAUUACAUGUAAUAAUGUUAUUUGAGUUGUAGAGCUUUUAUGUAGUCAUUUCAGGUGGGACAAACUCUUCAUAUAAGUGUGAAAUAAUUUCCUGUAUCAGUUUUUGUACAGUUUUGUACUAAGAAGGCAAGAUAAAAUUCUUUUUAGCACUUUUUUUUUUUUUUUAAGUUUUACUGCAUUUACUGCAAGAAUAAGAAGUGUAUGAAUGUUGCAACAAUAUCUCAGUUACAUGUGAUUCAGGAUAGCAGAUAGACCAGAUGGUAAACAUGAAAGCCACAUACUGUAGGUUUUUAACGAUUCCAGUCCAGUUUUUGCAGUCCAUUAUAUGUAUAGUUGAGUAUCAUGGGGGGCUGUGAAGGCCUAUGAGAAUCUGAAUCCUUUCGUGAACCUCAAUUGUAGAGCUGAUCUUGUGCUGGUAGAUUUGAAAGAUACCAAAGUCCAGUCACUUUUGCAUCUAUCAUCAGGGAGUAUGUGAACUUCAUACGGUAUUUGUGACCUAUUUGUUUUAGCCACUUGUUUACCCUUUCCCUUACACAUCAUUUUCUCAUUUGAGUUGUAAAUCCACAACCAUUCAUGUCUCGGGGUCAAGACUUACUUUUUUGCAGAUACAUUUAGCUUUGUGAAUUUCAGUACACAACAGCAAGCCAAGGAGACAUGUAGUAACUACAGUGUGUAGCAGGAAACAUACUUUUUGUAAGCCAUGAAGAAGCUGUUUGCAAAGCUACUUUUGGUAUGAAGCAGCUAAACAUGUAAACACUUGACAAAAGCAAAUAUAUUAAUUGACAGAAUAUUGAUUAAGUAACUGUUAACUAAUAACAUAGCAGAGUUUUCAGAUGUCUCCUUAAUUUGACAUGCCGUGUACAAAAAAUCAUUAAGCCUACUGUAUUGAAUUGCUAGUUAGUCACUGCAAAAGUCAUUAUCUGUGAGAUAGUUAUACUUUUUUAUUUAAUUUUUUUUUUGCAAGAUUUAAUAUCUACAAGACACUCACUUCUGUUGGUAUUUUGGGAGUUCAUUUCUCCAAACUUUUUCUUCAUCCCAUUAGUAAAGCAAUAACUAUUUAUCAUUUAUAGGGUUGUGAUCAGUGACCUAAUUCUUACCUCAUCUCUUGGUCUUCUUUCUGUUGAACUCAAGGAAAGAUUUCCUCUAACUUCAAAGUGAUCUCAUAAUACCCUUCAGUCCAGCUCCUUCCAUAUCUACUUUGUGCAAAUUAGUAUCCUCAGAUUGCACAUUUUGGCAGCUUUCAAGUUUUUGAAAUAUCAUCCUGCUUCAGUUUUUUCUGACUCCAAUAACUUUUAGUCCUUCAUGAUGUAAGUGUUUUGUUUCUUUCAUUAUUAGGGUCAGUUGUUCUACCUUUUUUUUUUUUGGAUCUGGAUAAAAAAAAUCAUUGGACUGCUUGUUCCUUUAACCUUUGCUUUUGAAAAGCUUGACAUUUGAAUGUGACUUGUCAUGCUUGUAGUACUUGAGAAAUUUGCCAGUCUUUCAGUCCUGUUAAUCAUGGAAAGAAGUAGUCACCAUCAUCAUCAUCAUCUUUCUGGAGGAUAUCUGUUAACCCUUCGAGAUUCUGGUGAUGUCCAGUGAUGUACUAGAAAUUUCAUACUUGAGAUUCUGUUGAUGUCAGGUGACAUCAUGGGAUUUUCAUCCCAAGAGAUUUUGCAGACAUCAUCCCUGUGAAAAUUUAGAAGAAAAAAAUUAACCCUAAAGAUUUGAAUGUCGGUUAGUAUUGUGAUGACACCUGGAAGGUAUUGAGGUGGGUUUAAUAUAAUUUUGCCCAAAAGUAUGGUGGUUCUGAGAAUAAUUAACCCAUUCUAAAUAGGAUAUCAUAGAAUUGUUUUUGCCUUUCUCCUUUUCUCAUCUUUUUUCAUAUGCAAUGUUUUUCUUUGUUUUCAUGUUUUUUCAUAUGCUGUGUUUUUGCUUCUUUUCCAAGUUUUUUUCUUAUGCAGUCAUAAGCUGCAAUAGUCUUCAUCAUUUGAAGCAAAAUAAAUACUUUCCAUAGUGUAAAAUAGGUUUGUCAAGCUGUAUUGUGUGAAAAGAGAAUUCUGAAAAGCAAAGCAGUUUCUGUUCUCAGCUAACAUCAACACAUUAUUAUUAUUAUGUAGUUCUGUUUUCUGUUUUCAAAGUAUUUUUGCUACAAACCAUUACACUUAUUCAGUCAUUAAUGAAAGAAAACUGUCUCGGUUCUCAGAAGCAGUAAGCCAGAACAAAAUGUGUUUUGCUGUGAACAAACUCUGGACCCUCAAAAAUCUUUAAAGGUUAAUACAAUCAGAAUUGUUCGUAAGAUACAGUUUUACAAGUAAAUUGAGUGUCAUUGAAUUAAAUACAUUAUUAAAUGAGUUCUUUGUUAUUAUAAUUUAUUUUUUUCUGCCCAAAGUUCCCAUGUUUUUACACCUGUGCAGUAUUUGUUGCUAUUCAUAACUGUAUUUGUCCAGCUACAUAAUUGUAAGUUUGUAUUUAUUGUCUCCCUGCAUUAUUUUGUUUUAUUGGACAAGCCCUCUAGGAAAUGUGGCAUUUGAAUUCAGUGGUCUAAGUAUACAGCAGUACUAUUAUUACCUCUCGGAUAACAUACGCCAUGUUCCUACCAACUACGUACUUAAUAUAUUGUUUGUAACACAACUGUACUGUGGCAUAUUUCCUUUAGCAUUUUGGGAAGUGAUGUUUUUGUAAUUACCUGUGCUAGUAUUUGUCUGACAUCCAAUGAGUAUUAUUUGGCUGAAAACUUACUUAUUUGUACAUGCAAAUUGAAUGUUCCCAAAGGCUAUACUCUCCUGACCAAAAUGCAGUGAAUGUAUUUACCAACUUUAGGUUUGUUUAUCUCCUUGAACGGUGGAAAUUUUAUUGUGUCAGAGAUGAAAGCAGUUUUUCGUUUGUUGAUUUCUGUUUGUUACACAUUAAGUUUGAAUGCUAAGCUGUAGCACUGCCAAAGCAAAUUGUACAAAAUAUUUAGUUGUUGUCAUAAUUUUUAUUUGAUUUCGCAUUUUGAACGAUCAAUCUGGAAGAAAAACUACUUGAAUGAAACAAAAUUAUCUUUUGAUAGAUUCAAGUCCACAUGAAAUGAUCUUUAAUAAUUGUUUGAAUAUUUUUUUCUCUCUGAAUUCUGAUGGGGUGUAAUUUCUUAUACAAGACAUGUGUUUAAUUAUUUCUCUUUCCAGUUUGGAUGGGAAGAAUACUUUCACUGUACAAAUUUUGGUAGGAUUUUGUACAAGAUGUGAACAAGUAGUUAAGACAAAUCACAUCAAACCUUAAGCUCUGUGUUAGUAUUUAACCCCUUAUAGGUUUUCAUUGCAAAGAUUAUGAUUCUUUUUGUUUAAUCACAUACUUAAUUUUAUUCUCAACCCAAAGGAGGUAUGUUUUCUUAACACUGCCAUAACUAUGUAUAACUAAACCUUGUUUGGGAAGUCUUAAUUUUAAAGAUGAUUGAAAGUAAGAAUCAUAGAGCAUACUUGGGUGAAAAAAAGUAGCAUAUAUUUAAUUGUAUUCUUUUGUAUAUAGUUAGGGCAUAAAUUGCCAGUUUUUUGUUUUAAAUUUUUUUUAUAAUAGAAACUUGUUAUAUAUUGUACAGAUUUCUUAAGUAUUGAAGUUGAAUGACGCAUGUAAAAUGCGUAAAUGGAGUAAAUGAUGAAGGAUUUAU